UCUUCAACAAGUAAACAAUCUUCGCAGUUAUGUGGGCAGAAGAGCCGAGGAAAUCACGUUCUUUUCUUGUGAUUUGGGGCAUUUAAAGGGCUCUUCGAGAUGCUGCCUUAGUGUUCAAGGGAAGGAGGAAGGUGUUUUUGUAAACGAGGACGAAAUUUGAUCUGCUAAGAGGAGGAGUAGCAUAUGAUAAUAAUGGGAGGCCCGCAAUGUGAUCCUUGAGCAGGAAGACUGCACAGCUGCAUUUUAAGAGGAAAAGGCACCACACAAGGCAGCAGUUCCAAACGAUCUCAGAUCUUUCUUUCUUCUCCCUUCUGACUUCUAUCCCCUCUCUCUCUCUCUCUCUCUCUCUCUCUCUCUCUCUCUCUCUCUCUCUCUCUCUCUCUCUCUCUCUCUCUCUCUCUCUCUCUCUCUCUCUCUCUCUCUCUCUCUCUCAGUCUUUUUUUCUUUUUUUGUGGCCCCUACUACAGCCAUCAUGGAUGCCACACUGGUUGUCAGGGAGCCACUCACCUUGGCUAUGACAUUGCUCUACCUUGCCCUCUUCUUCUACAUCUACGUGCAACUCAUUCUUGUUCUUGUCUACGGUCAUAAGAGAUGGUGUUACCGAACAUUCCUAUUGUACACGUGUGCCAUGUGGUCAGGCUUACGUGUGACGCUGUUCUCCUACUACUGCUACUUGGAGCACGGCAAUGCCCACGAGACCAUCCCUGAACUUUCGCGUCACGUAGGCACACCUGCCUACUUUGUGCUCUUCUCACUUCCUGUCUAUCUCCAGUUCUGCAUCCUCUGCUUGCUUGUCGCCUACUUCUCGCAGAUUGUCCAGAGCUCGGAGGACAGGUACCAUCCCACACGAUGGAGGAGUGUGUCUGGCCACACCGUCAUGGUGGUAACAGCCAACUUGGUGGUAUUGGUCACGAACUUGGCUUGUGCAAUCCUGAUCAAGAAAGCCGAAAACAGCAUGCCAGCUCUGUCAGCAAGUGCAGUGCCGAGCCCGAAGCUUAUUGUGUCUCAAUUGACUGGCUCUGUACCCUACGUUAUCUAUGUCCGUGUCUUCGUCAAUGGCAUCAUGUUUAUUGCCAUGGCGGCUGCCCUUGCCUACCUCAUCGUGCAAGUUGCCAAGACAGCAGAGGUGCGCCUGUUGCUGGAAACAGAGGAUAUGACUCAAGCUGGUGCUCGGGUUGGAAUAGUGGUUUCAUCUUCUUUUAGCACAAUCGCAAAUGUUCUGGCCCUCAUACCUUGUGUGGAGUGGGUCUAUGAUACAGACCAGGUUGACCUCCUCAGCGACAGUGAAUAUGGCUACUACACCUUCAUUACUGUGCAGAUCCUAUGGGAAUACCUGCCCACACUUGCCUCCGUUGUCUUCUUCAGAGUCAAGAAGCCCAUGCUGCUGUCUUACCCUCCUAUCCUGGAGCCCUUGUCGCGGUCAGCAGGAAUGCGUGCCAGCGAGAGCGAGGAAGACGGAGGAUUCGCUAAUCACUACCUACACCCACACAUAUCAUUCCAGCAGGCUUCGGACACCGGUUUUGGGAAACUCAAAAAGGAGGGGGAGGGGGUUCCCCCAACCUCUCCCCAAAUCGGGAGGCAUGCACCACAAUGCAGCACACCCCAGCACUAG